GAGAAAACCAUUGCAGCGAAGAAGAACGCCGCCUUGCAGCUUUCAGGAGGAAAAAAAAGGGAAAUUUUUUAAAAAACACAACGAAAAUAUCUCCGAAAAAGACAUUAGAUCGCAGAUCUUAUAUGAUUCUGUGUAUUUGAAUCGCCCAGUGAGAUUCAGAAAGAAACCUCGCCGGAUUGGAUUGAGUUGGGAGGCUAUAUGAACUUCCGGAGCUUUGGUAAUGAGCAAGUGGGGGGUGGAGGGGGCAGGCAGCCGGGGAGUUUUGGAUUGGUGCGCCAAUCUUCAGUCUAUUCUUUGACUUUUGAUGAGUUUCAGAGCACAAUGGCUGGGGGUGGGAUCGGGAAGGACUUUGGGUCUAUGAACAUGGAUGAGCUGUUGAAGAACAUCUGGAGUGCAGAGGAGAAUCAGACGGUUGGAUCAUCGGCCGUUGGCAGUGGGUUGCAACCAAACGGCGGCCCCGUCGGGCAUUUGCAGAGGCAAGGCUCUCUCACAUUGCCGAGGACGCUUAGCCAGAAGACGGUGGAUGAAGUUUGGAGGGACAUAUUGAGGGAAUACGCUGUUGAGAAAGAUGGGAGUGUUGUUGGUAGUGGCAGUGGCUCAAAUGUGCCCCAGAGGCAGCAGACUUUGGGAGAGAUGACCCUUGAGGAGUUCUUAUCUAGGGCUGGAGCUGUGAGAGAAGAGUCACAGAUGUCUGGACAACAGAUCUGUAAUAACAGUGGAGUCUUUGGUGAUACUAUGCCACAGUCUGUAAAUGAUGCUGGGCUAGGGUUUGCAUUUCCGCAGGGUGAGAUUGGCAUGCAGUCUGCUAAUCUAUUGUUGAACAUGAACGGUGGUGGGGCUAGUAGACCUUCCCAACAACACAUCCAUGAUAUUGGUACCCAUUCUGCUAAUUUAGCGUUGAAUAUGAACGGUGGGGCUAAUUCUUAUAGACCUCCCCAGCCACAUACGUCGCAAUUACAGCAGCAGCAGCAACAACAACAACAAAAGCUUGAAGAGCAACAACGACAAGAACAACAAAGUGCGAAACAGCAGCAACUCUUGUUUCCAAAGCAACCACCGUUUGGCUAUGGUGGUCCAAUGCCAAUCCCGACCAAUGGCCAAUUGCAUGGCAGCAACGGACUAAGGGGGGCUCAGGUUAUGGGAAUUCCGGAUGUGGUUGUUGGCUCUUUAAAUGGAAAUCUGAUUCAAGGAUCUGGACAACAACAAGGUGGAGGGGGGAUGGGUAUGGCCUGUUUAGGAGCUGGAGGUUCACCACCUGGUUCAUCAGAUGGGCUCACAAGGAGUAAUGGUGAUACAUCUUCUGUCUCGCCAAUUCCUUAUGCUGCAUUGAAUGGGAGUUUGAGGGGGAGGAAAAGCACUGCAUUGGAAAAGGUUGUUGAAAGGCGACAGAGGCGGAUGAUUAAAAAUAGAGAGUCAGCUGCUAGAUCAAGGGCCAGGAAGCAGGCGUAUACUACAGAUUUAGAACAAGAAGUUGCAAAAUUAAAAGAAGAAAACAAAGAACUGCGUAAGAAACAGGCAGAAUUUUUGGAAGUUCAGAAGAGCCAGGCUCUUGAGAUUAUGAAACUUCAGAGUGGAGCUAAACGCCAACGCCUAAGACGUACACAGACAGGUCCUUGGUAACAAAGAACGAAACAAAGAAUGUUGUGAUGACAUACAUGGAUUGUCAUGGAUGACCUGGAUACAUCAAAAUAGAGCUUAGGCAUUCGUAAAU